CCGCCCGCACCAUUGUCCGAGCGCGUGGUGGGAAGCACCGCAGACAAGCUCUCCCCCUCUCCGAUUCCAGCAAAAGAUUCUCGUCCGCAGUCGGGACUUCGAGCUAUCGGGUUCGGUUUUGUCCGUACUGUCUCUCGCUUCCGCUCGGCUGUCGCAAAACCUCCCGCACUCCCCCUUAUCUUCGUCGUCUUCUUCUUCUUCUUCUUCUCUUCUCGAGGCGUUCCGGAGCUACUCCCAUGGCGUCCGUGCUCAACACCGUCGCGGCCGUCGCAUUCACCGGCGGCGCCAGCGCCGGCGGAGCUCGAGCUCGCGCUCGGAGCCACCUGUCUCCGGCGCCUAUCUCCGUCUCCUUCACCCGGCGGAGGCUUACUGUUAGAGCUGCGGAGACCGACACGAACGAAGUGAAUCCUCAGGUACCGGACAAGGCGCCGGCGAAGGAAGGUUCCAGCUUCAACCAGCUUCUCGGCAUCAAAGGAGCCGCGCAAGAAACCAAUAAAUGGAAGAUUCGCCUACAACUUACGAAACCUGUCACUUGGCCUCCAUUGGUCUGGGGAGUGGUUUGCGGAGCUGCUGCUUCGGGAAACUUUCAUUGGAAUCUGGAGGAUGUGGCCAAAUCAAUUGUUUGCAUGAUGAUGUCAGGCCCGUGUCUCACAGGCUAUACACAGACAAUAAAUGAUUGGUAUGAUCGAGAUAUUGAUGCCAUUAAUGAACCUUAUCGUCCAAUUCCAUCAGGGGCAAUUUCUGAGAAUGAGGUUAUUACUCAAAUCUGGGUGUUGCUCUUAGCAGGCCUUGGCUUGGCUGGUAUAUUAGAUGUAUGGGCAGGGCAUGAUUUUCCCAUAAUUUUCUACCUUGCUGUUGGUGGUUCAUUGCUUUCAUACAUAUACUCUGCUCCACCUUUGAAGCUGAAGCAAAAUGGGUGGAUAGGAAAUUUUGCUCUUGGAGCAAGCUAUAUCAGUUUGCCGUGGUGGGCUGGUCAAGCUUUAUUUGGGACCCUUACACCUGAUAUAAUCGUGCUGACCCUACUGUAUAGCUUAGCAGGGCUGGGGAUUGCCAUUGUAAAUGACUUCAAAAGCGUUGAAGGCGACAGGGCAAUGGGGCUUCAGUCCAUUCCAGUGGCUUUUGGUGCUGAAACUGCAAAAUGGAUAUGUGUUGGUGCCAUUGACAUAACUCAACUAUCUGUGGCUGGUUAUCUGCUUGGGGCUGGUAAACCAUUCUAUGCUUUGGCUCUCCUAGCUCUCAUAGCUCCACAAGUUGUUUUACAGUUUCAAUACUUUUUGAAAGACCCGGUGAAGUAUGAUGUAAAGUAUCAGGCUAGUGCGCAGCCAUUCCUUGUGCUCGGUCUGCUGGUCACUGCUUUGGCAACCAGUCACUGAUCACUCUCUUGUCCAUGACACCCACUAUCACAAGGUACAGGAGUCCGCAUGGAGGAAGAACCAGCCACUGAGUUCUCACGAACAGUAAAUUCCGGUGAACUAGAAAAGGCUCAGUGCUUGUUUGAAAUGAUUUCCAGGUUUCCUCCAACUGCGUCAUUUUCUAAAAUUGAAUGCACUCUACAACGAGUGAUUAUCUCUAUGUUUUGCCUGCGUUGGCAUUAUGAUUCGUGGGUUAGGGUUCGCCUUUGUGGAUGUAAUUUUGUCUUUUCUUCCUGUGAUAUGGGACUUUCUUCUUUUGCUUUGUUCCUCAUUUGGGAUAAUGACAGUACACCGUUGGAGUUGACUUUAUCAGAACUGGCCAGUACCGUGGAGGAGACACUUGAGACCGCGUCUUAUGAUUUUCCAUGUUUAGAGCCCCGGAAGAUUGGCACAGUAUUGCUACACUUACAUAAUUCUAGUUUUUCAUUUUGUGAAUGCAAGCCAAAUGGAAACCUGUUUGAACA